AUGAUGGACAGCGUAAUGCAUUAUGUGCGGGCUUUUGGUGCCCCUUUAGUAAUAUCGCAACUCGUUCCCGCCCAGCACCACACCAUCUACCUUCUACCACAUAUCCCAUGCUUUUUCAGCACUGCUUCCACCUGUGGCCGUUCAGACAAUGUUAUCUUCUUGUUCUUCAACAACCAAAUAAGUGUGCUCGUGUUCACCCUUCCCAGGAAACCAAGAACCUUUCCCCCAUCCCAAGAACCACCCACCCCAGCCUCUUUAUUCAUAAUUGCAAACUCUCGAGAAUGGUUUGCAGGGGCUGGCCAAGAUUUCAAUUCCGGGACAAUCCUUAUGCUGUCGCCUUUCAAUGAUCAUCGCUCUGCAUUUGCCACCGCUAUCUCCGAAGACAGGAGACUUCUGGAACUUGUGGCUAUCUUACGGGACUCCCAAGGUGGCUCCAAUGGAUCAGCUUCUCAACAUCCAAGAACUUACAUCUGUGGGAGGUUGGGUAGCAGGGAGUUUACCAAAUACCAUUUUGCAUCAAGUACAUGUCGUUGUGUCACCGUUACUGGUCUCCUAAGUCAUAUAUGCACCUACUUCUACCUCUGCCCCGAAGUCCAGAAUUCCAAGCCCACCCUCAGCAUCUAA